AUGGCGAGACAGGCUAUGGACAUCCAGCGUUUGGCCAAGCGAAAGUCUGAUGCGAGUGAGAUGUCUAUUCGAGACGCGGAUUCAAAGCGAGCGAGGAUCGACAGUCCCCAUUCGAUAGCGCCUCGUACAAUCACCUUCAAGGAGGUCUACCAGGAGGGUAAGGCGGAAUACAAGCACAACAUUGUCAAGUACGACGAUGUGUUUUACAUCUUACGCUGCGAUGAGCACGGUGUGCACUUCAAGCAGAAUGCUCUUGCUGCCGCAGCCAAGCACCUCCACGGCGCUUCGCACGGUCACCAGAAGAAAGAACACAGGCUGGCUGUCGAAACGAUUGGGUUCCACGUGGUGGACUGCACUGAAGAGCUUGCCGCGUUGAACAACGAGUGCGUGCGUCAGGCUUUCGAGAACGGUUACAAACCCCUGAAUCAGCUACACGGGCCGAAAUCUGGAGGUAAACGACACUCGGGCGGCGUCCCGGCCGUGGUAGAUGCGCUUGCCGAACAGGUUCCUUCAGUACCACAGUCACCAUUUCAAACUACGGCACAGGUUGUUGAGCUACAAGAUGUCAAGGAACAGGAUGAGAAGGAGCAAGAGGCACAGCAACAGGCCAAGCAGGAGACAAAGCAGCAAGACUCGACGCCGACGAAGUACAUUCUCAGCCCCAAGGCAGGAGAGCUCUACCACGCCAAAUGGCCGAGGAGCAGCAAGCUUUACACAGUCAUGGUCCUCGGCUGGACAGACCUCAAGAUGUGCGGUUGGGAAGAGAAGCUGAGCGAAACGCAGCUCUGCGACAAGAAAAUUAGGCCAGCUUGCUAUGUAUACAACGACGAUGGCAUCGCUGGAUGGGCACCUGGCUUCGGCGACGGCGAGGCUCGCAUCUUGGAAAGAGACGUUCCCGUUCUGUGGUUUGAGUCCAAGGGCAAAACUCGCCUCGGCUGGUUAGGAAUUAAGUGGUUGUUGAAGCCCAUGGUCCUCGAUGACCCGAACCGACCAGCGGAUCCCGACCAUCCGUCAAACCAAGCACGAAAACGGCGGAGCACUCAAGAGGUGCGCCCUACUUCACGGCUGGGGGAAAGUGGCUGGCCAUCAGGCAGGCUGGGGGCUGCCGCUGGAACACGCCUAUCUGCCAGGAAGGAUAGGUCGGUCGCCGACAAGGAGGAUGUGACGAUGGAGGACGCUCGCCAGGCAACUCCUUCAAUGGGUCGUGUCACUAGCGACGCAUCUCCCAACACGAUGGACAUCAACGGAGGCCUACCUAGCAUUGCAGUUGGAACCCCUGCUACUCCGAUCGAAAACGACGCUGUCAAGGCAGUUCGGCCUGACGACUCGACGACUCGAACCAACCACAGCGCUUCCCUGAGCAUGGCGUCUCCGGACUCGAUGUCAGGAGCCGCCGAGCGUGUAGCGCUUUCGGAAGUUUCGAGGGGCAACCCCACUCAGGGUUUCAACACACGGGAGGGCGCAAUCACGGACAAUGCGAAGGCUCUGAGGCACGUUGAUAAUGAGUCUCGGCUUGGCCAUGCGGCAAUGGCGAACCUUGCCCAGAGCGCCAUCAAAGCUGCGUCCAAGUCGCCGAGCUUGGGCAAGGAAGGCUCUCAAAUCAGCCCUGUAUUGCAGGUUGCGGAUCUGCUCAAUGGCGCCACCGGCUCCGAGAAAGCCACCAGGCAGUCAUCACUAACCUCUCAAGUCAAGCCAACCGAGGGUCGUCGACCUCUGCCGUCGGGGCCUAUGCAAGAUGCUCGCUCGUCUGGCGUGGCUGUAAUUCAGCCUGCGAAUCGGAGGCACCCCCUGCCACAGAAGCCGGUUCUCGGCCCCAUCAGUGGCCGGAAGGAGGAUGUGAGUCAGCAGCCGUCGCCGGCUCUCUCGGUGCGAAGCAAUAAGGAGGAGAUGCCGGCCAUGAACAGCCCGGGAACGCAGCCCCAGAGGUCCGGUAGCGCAGGCAGCGCUGAGAGUACGCCGCGGCGGUCAGACCCUCGCAUGAGCAUCAGCAAUGCCGUCGACGACCACGAUGGCGAUGCCAUCAAGCAGACAGAGGUCAAUCUAUCCGAGAAAGACCAGGAACUCAACAACGGCGUUUCGUCAGGCAACAGCACGCCUAGGGUAAUGACGCAUGCCACCCUGGCCAACGAUGCACGGUGGCGAGCUGUCCGGACAUCGGAGUCACCACGCAUCUCGCCCGCCAUGAUCCAAUCACCCGGCGUCGACCGAAGUGCGGCGGCUUCCCCUGCAUUUGGCGGCAAGAAGGAAUUGGACAUGUCUAUCGACGUGGCGGAGUUCCACGAAGACGACAAGCACUGGGCGCAGGAGGGCGAGUUCUUGCGGUUCGUGCUGGAGGACGAAUCCAGUAGCGUUGCGAGAACCAACAAGGCGGACGGCAUCGAGGCCACGGUGAACCCCAGCCAGGUCAAGGCGGCGCAGAUGACGGGGUUGGAGGUGAGGUUGAUGCUCAAGACGGGCGGCGAGCAGCGAUUCGUGUUUAGCGCGAAUAAUCUCACGGGCAGCUACCGGGGAGCGAAACUGCAGACGACCAAGUUUUACCGAUGGGUGACGGCCAAGAACGCCGACAUUGAACACAUUGGCUAG